AUGAGAAAGUUUAUUUUGAACGUGUUUUGUUUUGUGGCUUGCGUUCUCUCCAUUCGCUGCACUCCGGCACCAGAGACAGAAAGUCAAACAGUGUCCCAGGAAAGUUGCGCAUCUUGCGGUCUCAGCCUACCUGAGGAGUCAAGAAAAACGGACAAAGAUUUUUUGGAGGCUGUCAAAAGACAUAUUCUAAGCAGGUUACAGAUGAGGGAGAGACCCAACAUCACCCAUCCCAUCCCAAAGGCGGCGAUGGUUACUGCUUUACGGAAACUGCAUGCUGGUAAAGUGCGAGAGGAUGGGCGAGUAGAAAUUCCAAACCUGGACGGACACGCCAGUUACAGUAAUGAAAUCGAGGAGGAAACAUCAGAGAUCAUCAGUUUUGCUGAAACAGAUGACGUGUUAUCAUCCAAGUCCAGUCUGUUCUUCGUGAUCUCCAAUGAGGGGAAUCAGAACCUCUACGUGUCCCAGGCCAACCUGUGGCUGUACUUCAGGCUGCUGCCCACGCCACUGGAGAAAGGCGCGCGGAGGAAGGUGACGGUGAAAGUGUACUACCAAGAGCCUGGGCUGGGCAGCAAGUGGAACCUGGUGGAGAAACGAGUGGACUUGAAGCGCAGCGGCUGGCACACCUUCCCCCUCACCGACGCCAUCCAGCUGGUCUUCACCAAGGGCGACCGCCGUCAGAACCUGGACAUACGGUGCGACGGCUGCGAGGACAUGGGAGUCCUGCCCGUGCUGGUGAACUCCGCCGACGAAUCGCACCGGCCGUUCCUGGUGGUGCAGGCCCGGGUGGCCGACAACAAGCAUCGCAUCCGUAAGCGUGGUCUGGAAUGUGACGGCAGCAACAGCUUAUGCUGUAGGCAACAGUUCUACAUAGACUUCCGUCUCAUCGGCUGGAACGACUGGAUCAUCGCUCCAUCUGGCUACUUUGGGAACUACUGCGAGGGGAACUGCCCGGCCUACAUGGCGGGCGUUCCGGGCUCGGUCUCGUCCUUUCACACGGCGGUGGUGAACCAGUAUCGCAUGAGGGGUAUGAGUCCAGGCUCCAUGAACUCCUGCUGCAUCCCCACAAAACUUAGCACCAUGUCCAUGCUCUACUUUGACGACGAGUACAACAUUGUAAAACGUGAUGUGCCCAAUAUGAUUGUAGAGGAAUGUGGAUGCGCUUGA